AUGAUGAACUCCUCAGGGUCCCCUCAGCACACUCGCAAAACCGUCAUCAACAACGUUCGCCUGUUUAACGGCAGUAAGCUGACAAAUCCCCGCACUGUAAUUAUUGAGGCUGGUAUUAUUGGCAGCAACCCAGACCAAGCAGACGAGAUUGUUGAUGGUCAAGGCGGCGUGCUCAUUCCUGGCUUCAUUGACGCACACGUACAUCUUCACCAUGACGGCCACUUUCGAGAACUUGCUAAAUAUGGAGUCACAACCGCUCUUGAUAUGGCAACCUGGCCUGCGAACAAAAUGAAUGGAUUUCGAGACAAACCCGGGUUGCCCGAUAUCAGAAGUGCCGGCAUUCCUGCUACAACAGCUGGCAGCAUUCAUAGUCACAUGCUACCAUUGCCGGAUGAAGCUAUGAUUUCUGGUCCACAGUUUGCAGAAAGCUUUGUUGAGAACAGGAUCAAAGAAGGAUCCGACUAUAUCAAGCUCAUCUCGGACGUGCCGGGCCCAAACCAGGAAACCCUUAAUGCAUUGGCCCUGGCUGCACAUAAAAGGCAGAAGAUGGUCGUGGCGCACGCUUCGGGGUUUGUCCCUUUCCAAAUGGCGCUAGAAGCCAAGGUUGACAUCGUCACACAUGCCCCGCGGGAUAAGCCCGUCGACGCUGCGAUGGUGGACAGAAUGACGGCAAAUAAAGUUGUCUCCGUGCCUACUUUAGUUAUGAUGAAAGAAGUGUCCAAGCCGCCUCCCUUGAGUGCCGUGUUUCCUCUGUUACUCAAGCCCUCUUUGUUUAUGGCCAUAUUAAGAGCCAAGAAGAGUGGUGAAGGCGAGCAGCGGUACGAGAACGCAAAGGAGUCUGUGACAAAAAUGUAUCGUGAUGGUGUGCCCAUUUUGGCAGGUACAGAUUGUCACGAUGAGCCUAACUCUUUCUUUGAUGUUAAACAUGGCGACUCUCUGCAUCGUGAGCUCCAGCUCCUUGUGGAAGCGGGACUUACAACUGUCGAUGCAUUACGCGCGGCAACCAGUCUACCAGCGGAACACUUUGGGCUUCACGAUCGAGGCAUCAUUGAAUUGGGGAAGCGGGCAGAUCUAGUACUUCUCCGAGAAGAUCCAAUACAAGAUAUACGCGCAACGCGCAGUAUCGAGCGCGUUUGGUGUCGUGGGAUCGAGUUUACGGCCUGA